CCAGAUCCGCUCCGUCUCGUCUGAUCUCAGUCCGACACUGCGAGACUCUCCGUGGACAUUACGGACGGUGCAGCUCGAUUCCAUCUGCCAUCUGGUGGGAAAUGCAUCACAACCUUAAUUAGAACCACUUGUUCACCAGACAGGUGUGCAGAAGGAAUGUGGUUGUGGUGGUGGAAAUAAACGCAUUGGAGCUGAAGACAUCUGUCUGGUUCUGAUCGGUGACCUGCAGUGGAUUACUUUUUAAGUGAUUCCAGCAAAGAAACAGCAGGGGAGAAACACCAUCUCUACAGCUAUGUUGAAGGGCCCAAUAUUGGCUGCAUGGCUGGUGUAUUUCCUGUGUCAUGUUUAUCCUGUCAAAUCCGGUGUGAUCUGCGAUGAGUCCAAAAUGACAAUAGGGGUGGAGAAGUCUAAAUAUCGUAGACUCAUUAAGGUGGAUUUACGGAUCAAUGACGCCACCAGCGCCGCCUGCCGCCUCAGCUCCAACAGCACUCACUUCUUCGCUGAAGUCCCCCUCAACGGUUGUGGCACUCAGAUCGAGGAAAAUGGUGAAAACCUCAUUUUCAAGAAUACAGUCACCUUAGUCAACAACAUAAACGACGUGAUCAUCAGGAAAUGUCUGCUGGAGCUGAAGUUCGAAUGCACGUACCCCAAAAGUGUAAAAGUGAAACAGAGCUUCAGUGCACACAGGAAGAAUGUCGUAGAGUCGGAGAAAGGCCUCGGCACGUUCACCUACAACUUUGAAUUUUAUCCUGAUAAGCAGUUCCAAGCCCCGCUUACACCAGAUUCAUACCCUCUGGACUGUGAUAGUGAGCAAACGCUUUUCAUGCAGAUAGAGGUCGCCUCCUCAAUAGAAAACAUUGAGCUGUUUGUGGAGUCCUGCAGUGCGUCACCAUACGACAUUCCAAACUACGAGACAACCUACUCCAUCAUUGAUAAAGGGUGUAAAGUGGACCCGACUGUUAAAAAUUAUAGCCGCUCCCACGACACAAAAUUCAGGUUCAGCAUGGAUGCCUUCAAGUUUAUCGGCUUGCAUGACCAGGUGUACAUCAGCUGUUCAGUCAUAAUCUGUAGAUUAGGAAGACCUGACACCAGGUGCUCGCAGGGAUGCAUCAAUUCCAGAAAACGACGAGAUGAUCAGCAACAUCACGUCACAAAGAGAGAGGUUGUCACUCAGAGUUCAAGGCACUUCGUUUCCCAGGGUCCUCUGCGCUUAAGGAGAUCAGCAGAGAGCCCCGGAAGCCCAGUCAUCAACCUGAAUCUGAACCUGGUUUUCAUCGCUGGAUGUCUCCUUGCAGCCGUUGGCAUGAUCAGUGCCGCAGUCGUCUACAAAGCCACACUAUCAAGGGUCAAAUACCAACCUUUGUCCGCAUUUGAAAGUUAAGACAGCAGCGUGUGCAGGAUACCAAUCAUGUAUUAACUACAUUUGACUACAUAAAGCAAAGUCAUUACUCUUAAACUAAUGCUAUGCUAUGCCGCAAUUGCUUCACAAUUAAUCCCUAUAAUUUCUCACAUGCAGUCUAGUCUUGGAGAAUUAAAUAACAAGAACAUGAUUAAAAUAUUGUAGUAGAUCAAAUGCUGUGUAACCAAGCUCUUCAGCUCAGCUCUGUUGUUAGCCAUCAGGAUGAAGUUACAGGUGACAAGUGUGGCUGUGAAAGAGUACUCAAGUUGAUUCCCAAAUCAAAAGAUUUAAACAUUAAGGCCAUUUCUACACAGUUGUCCAAUCAUGUAUUCUUUAUGUAUAUGUAGUGACAUACCUUUGAGACAUUAGACACAGCCAUGACAAAAACAAACUUAAACUUAACCUUUCUGCAAAACUAGAACUAAACUAAAAUUAGCAAACACACUCUGAAAACUAACUAAAACGAAUAUAAUAUGAAAAUAAAAUAAAUUGAACAUUCAACUAUUAUAACAUUGCAGCUGCUGGUCACUUGGGGUUUUUACUGUGAUUCUGUAAGACCAUUGGAGCCCAUGUAUCUUACAAAUGCUUCUACUAUUAUGUAUUACACUACGAUUUAAAACGUAAAGUAUCUUGCUUGAUAUGUGUAGUCCUAACCAUUCAUAAUCAUUCCAAUGUCAUCAUUACAUGACAAAAGCCCUUUAUUGCUUAACCAAAGUCAACAAUCAUACACUUGUUUAAUGGAUCAAUAAAAAAACAUA